AUGGUUCGCCCUCGUGGUGGAUCGACACUCGGCGUCGACAUUCGUGGUGAUACUAGCGCCCCCGCGAUGUCCACCAUGAACGAUGUGAGCCCGAUCGAGCCAACAUUCAAGGUAUGUAGUCCCAGCAGACCCAGAAGGAGGCUCCGCAGCUGUCUGUACUCACGCCGCACCUCGUCGCAUCAGCAUUUCGAUACUCAAUUACCCGCAAAGACACAAACUAAGCGUCAUCAUCGUCGUCGCUCACUCCUCCAUCGUUUUGCAGACCUUUGCCUGAAAUACACAUGGCUUCUUCCGCUGCUCGUCCUGCUCUUCCUGCUAGCUCUCUAUGCCAUCAACCCGACACCGUCGAACCCGAUGCAUAGCGCCAUCUUCCUGUCGUAUCCCCAGGCGCCCAAAACCCCCGGUGGACCUAUCAUGUACGGCAAGGGUAAAAAGGACAUCGCCUUUGUGGCCUUCUAUACUGUCGUUCUAUCCUUCACCCGCGAGUUCAUGAUGCAGCAGGUCAUCCGUCCAUUGGCCGUACGCGCAGGUAUCCGCGGCCGCGGCAAGACCGCUCGAUUCAUGGAACAGGUAUACACCGCGAUCUACUUUGGUAUCUUUGGACCCUUCGGAUUGUACGUCAUGAAGCGAUCGGACAUCUGGUACUUUAACACCACCGCGAUGUUUGAGGGAUUCCCACACCGCGAGCACGAGCCCUUCUUCAAGGCUUACUACCUUCUAGAGGCGAGCUACUGGGCCCAGCAGGCCAUUGUGCUCAUGCUGCAGCUUGAGAAGCCCCGCAAAGAUUUUAAGGAGUUGGUGGGACACCAUAUCAUCACUCUGGCAUUGAUUGCGCUGAGCUACCGCUUCCACUUCACUUACAUGGGUAUUGCCGUGUAUAUUACUCACGACAUCUCGGACUUUUUCCUCGCGACUUCCAAGACCCUCAACUACCUAGAUUCGUACAUCACCAUCCCGUACUUCGCUACCUUCGUGGGCAUGUGGAUCUACCUCCGUCAUUUCCUCAACCUCAAGAUUCUCUGGGCCGUACUGACCGAGUUCCGUACUGUCGGACCCUUCGAGUUGAACUGGGAGACGCAGCAGUACAAGUGCUGGAUCAGUCAGUACAUCACAUUUGGUCUGUUGGCCAGUCUGCAGGCUGUCAACCUCUUCUGGCUCUUCCUGAUCCUGCGCAUUCUGGCCAACUACGUCUUCAACAACAUCACCAAGGACGAACGCAGUGAUGACGAAGAGGAGAUCGAAGAAGAAGCCGAGGCCAAGACCGACGUAGCUGUGGCCACUGGCAUAGAAAACAAGGCUCCCCAGGUCCUCAUCAACGGUGAGCCUGAACCUGAACCUGUUCUUGAGCAGCGCGGUCCCCGGACACGUAGCCGUAAGGCUUAA